CUUAUCAUUCCUAAGUACAGAUGGCGUACACAUCAGGUGUUCCCGCACCGACAGCAGCCAGAUGAGAAAGUACCUGCAAAGCGUGAAGAGGGCCGUCUUGCGAGCUUCUCGCACCAUUUGCAAUGCCACCCAAGAAAAGGCAAGAGCCAGGGCCUAAUGGACAGACUCGUAAAAGACAGCGGAGACAAAGGUCAUCUAGUGACGAAUCGUUGCCACAAAUCGAUUACAAUAAACUAGCGGAAGCUAUCCUAAAGAAGCAGGGCCGGGUGACCGAGACAGACAAUGGGGAAAGUCCAGUAUCUCUUGAGCCCAGUAAAGAUGUGGAAACGCCACUACAAGCGCCUUCGGUGAAUUGUUUGCCUGACACAGCCAAUACAGCAGUGAAUACAAAUAAUGUUUUAGGUGCAGCCCAACAAUCAAGUUUCCUCCUAACUUUGGAUAAAAUUUUUGGGGGUGAGUCUAUUGUAAGUAGUUCAGUGGAUGAUAACAAUGUCACACCACUGCAGUUAUCAGGGGGUAUACCAUUAGGGGCAACUAUUCCCUUGCGUGUAAAGCAAAAAAUUUGGGCUAAUCAGUAUAUUGACUUAAGGGUGUUAUUGCCUGAACACAAACAAGAAACUGUGUCUGUACAAAUUGAAGAAGGAUCAAUCAAAUUGAAUGCCAAACAGUCAGAGAAAACCCCAUUAUCCAUUUAUCAAUGGACAAAUGCCUUUAUAACUUUCAUGUCAAUUUAUAUUGAGUCAAAUUCACAGUCAGCCUCAAAUUUGCUUAAGUACAUGUCAACAGUCCGUCACCUCCAUGCAUCCAAUGGUGAGUCAGCCUGGAGGUUAUAUGAUGAGCAGUUUAGGAAGUUGCGUGAGGUGUCAGACCUGCCUUGGCAACAACCCCUUAAUGAGUUAAUCAUAAGAGUAACAACAAUGUCAAAAUCACAUAAUCAAACAUUCCCACGCAACAUAUCAUCAAACAAUCGGUCUUUUCGGGGACCAAUAAGGUUUUGCUACACUUACAACAAUAGACAGCAAUGUACAUCAACAAAUUGCCCAUACAGACACAUAUGCUCGGUGUGCAAAGAGACACAUCCCCGAAUUCGGUGUACAAAGCAAAAAUCAGACACUCAAAAUGCAACCAAUUCUCAAUCUCAACGUCAAUCAGGAAAAUCUAAACCUACCAACCCCAGUACAAGCACAUCAUCUUGAGCAUUACCUACAAGGUUAUGACCCCUUUCUUUCUCAUUACUUAGUUCAAGGUUAUUCAGCCAAAAAUACAGUUCAACAAUAGCAUCUCAUUGCUUAGUUUUGUACACAAAUUCAGGAAAGUAGUGAUCUCUGUCAGUCAUUUCUUUUUUAAAAAUUGCUCAAAGGUGUCCAUCACGCAUCUGGUACUUCUGCAGAUUUACGCCUGCCUAUUACAUAGUCAAUUUUAUUAAAAAAUUAUAAUGCUUUGGAUAAGACAGUUCCACGAUAUGAUUUAAGACAACUAUUGAAAACAUUAUUAUUACUUGCUUUCCUUGCCUGCUUGCGUUUAGGGGAGUUGAUAGUAAAAUCUAAGGUUUCUUACAAUAUUGUGGUUCAGCGUUCUGAUUUUCAUUUUGAUGAAUCCCGGUCAGAUGUCUUUAGACUCAAAAAUCUUAGAACUGAACAGACUAGCUCGCCUAUAACCAUCCAACUAACAGCAUUAACUAUGCCUCCUUUUUGUACAGUAGCAAACCUCAAGCCUUAUUUAGUACAGUUUCUAAACCAACAGGUUCCCCCUUUUCAGUUUAAAUCAUCCAUGCCAGUGAUCUAUCAGUUCGUCACUUCUCACUUAAACACUGCCACAUCCUUCAUUGGUUUAAAUCUAAACUCUAUAAGGGUCAUAGUUUCUGUAUUGGGUCUGCCACAGAAAUGGCACAAAGGGGGGUUCCUGAGCACACAAUUAAAAAGUUAGGUAGGUGGGGGUCCGAUGCCUUUAGGCAUUACAUCCGUAUUCAAUCAUUUCCCCUACAGUAAAUUUUCCUACCCUUUGAGUUGCUCAGCAAAGGUCAGUGGCCAGCAAAAUUGUUGCACUGCCCAUAUUUUUGUGCUUUUUGGACAUUAACUUGGUGGCCAGCAUUUUGUUGCACCAGUACUGCUAUGCGUAUUUUCAGUAAUUGACUAAUGGUCAGCUUUUUUGGUUGCAUUAGUCAAGAAAUCCAUGGUUAACAUAUCAUUACUUGAAGCAUGUUGCCCCACUGCCCAUAUUGGGGGGGCGGGGUGCAUUAACUUGGUGGCCAGCAUUUUGUUGCACCAAAAAUUACAUAGCGAUUCUUUCCGCAUUCGACUAAUAGUCAGCAAUUGAGUUGUAUUAGUCAUGUAAUGAAUAGUUAAAAUACGGUUGCAUUGAAUUUCAUUGUGAAGAAUGCAUUGUUUUGACUGUGUUGGACAAUCAUGUGAAUACCAAGAUGUACACUUAAUUUGCAAUUUGGAAAUUUUUGGGAUUCCUUUUUAGUGUUUAUUUGCUUAGGAUUGUUGAUAACAAUUUUACUUUUAAUUGCUCCUCUUAAAAAUUUCCCCAUUGGGCUGCACCUAGGUUACUCAUUUGAAUCUUAUAUACAUUGCCAGUAUCAUGCUAUUGACAAUAUGUUUUAUAUUGAAUCUAAAUUAGUUAUUUUGAAUAAAACAAUGAUAAUGCAUUUUCUGACUAUAUUUCGGGUGGCGCAAGGAAAGGCUUGUAGCCUUUCCUUUUUUGGCCAUAUUUUGGAGGCCACCUAUUUUGCCAAAUUAUAUAUGUUAUGUAAUAGUCACAUACUGGGAGACUAAUUGUUAUUGCAUAAUUGUGUUUAUAAUUUUUCUCAGGAAUUGUGUUUUAAGGUUACAUUGUCUCCCAGUCUUUUUUAUUCAGUUUUAUGUAUUAUGUUAUAUGUUGUCAUUUCAUAAUAAAUGACAUAUUUUUGGAACAAACAUGUCUUGCGUUAUUUGGCAAAAAACAAGCUCAAUGUUGUCAGACUGGUGUUUAAUUGAAGGAAUGAAAGCUAAACUUAAAUGAUAUUUUAUGCUAAUAAAAUUAUUUUAAGUUAAGUUUCAUGUAUUAUAUGUUAUUUUGUAUUUCCCCACUUUGUGCCUCUUUAUCUGUAAACCCGUGGGGACCCCCCGGUAACUUUAUCCUUUUGAGAUAAGAGAACUAGCAUCAUUAUAUCUACUGCUAUUGUAAAGACAAGACGGCCAAACAUUUGCUGAAAUAUUUUUUGGAUUACCCACCUCCAUCCCCAAACAGACUUUAAUUGUACACUAGGCCACCUCAAGCUCAUAUGUCUAUGUUUUCAUUGUAAAUAAUUCUUUUUAUAUGUCUAUUAUAUUGUUAGUCACAUACUAUGUAGGCCAAAUAAUGGAGUUUUGAGCCAAUUCAUAUGUAUAAGGCCAUAUUUUGGAGGCCACCUAUUUUGCCAAAUUAUAUAUGUUAUGUAAUAGUCACAUACUGGGAGACUAAUUGUUAUUGCAUAAUUGUGUUUAUAAUUUUUCUCAGGAAUUGUGUUUUAAGGUUACAUUGUCUCCCAGUCUUUUUUAUUCAGUUUUAUGUAUUAUGUUAUAUGUUGUCAUUUCAUAAUAAAUGACAUA